AUGAAACAAAUGGGUUUGGACUCCUUCAGGUUUUCCAUCUCCUGGACUAGAAUCCUUCCUGAUGGUAACGGAGAAAUCAACAUAAAGGGCGUUGAGUUCUACGACAACCUCAUCAAUGAGCUCGUAUCUAAUGGAAUAAAACCAUUUGUGACAAUUUUCCACUGGGACUCUCCUCAAGCUUUGGAAGACCAAUACGGAGGUUUUCUAAGCAACCAUAUAGUGAGGGAUUUUGCCUUCUACGCCGAAGUCCUUUUUAGGGAGUACGGUGACAGGGUUAAGCACUGGAUCACAUUCAACGAGCCGUGGGGCUUUUGCAACAAUGGAUACUCGUCGGGAACAGAUGCGCCGGGCCGAUGCUCCCCAGACGCAGGCAACUGCACUGCCGGGGACUCGAGAACGGAGCCGUACACGGUGUGCCAUCACCAGCUACUAGCCCAUGCAGCCGCUGUUCGGGUGUACAAAAAGAUAUACCAGCCAAAACAGAAGGGUGAAAUAGGUAUAACGUUGGUGUCGCCGUGGUUCGUCCCUUAUCCUCUACAGGACCCAAUAUUAACGCAAGGCACAGGAUCUUGGAUUCUUUUAUGGAUGGGCUUACGACUUCAUCGAAUCAAUUACUAUGGACGCUUCUAUGCGUUCGAACUUCCCGAACAUCAGUAUUGUCCCAGUCUAUCUAAUGAUUCUCGUGUUGGAAUAACAGGUGUGCGAGACGGACGCCGCAUAGGUCGUCAGGUUGAUUCAGCUCAGUUCUUUAUUUAUCCGCUCGGAAUUCAAAGGCUUUUGAAUUACACAAAGGUCAAAUAUAACAAUCCGCCCAUCUACAUAACCGAGAAUGGCGUGUUCAAGCCCAACAACAAUAGUGAAACAAUUGAGGAGGCCUUGAAGGACCAUUUCAGAAUAGCCUACCACCAAGAACAUCUUGCGAAACUGCACAGCGCCAUCAAGAAGGGGGUCGACGUGAGAGGGUAUUUUGUGUGGUCGUUUCUCGAUGACUUCGAAUGGGGCGGAGGUUACACCGUUCGCUACGGCCUAAACUACGUCGACUUCAAAAAUGGGACGUUGAAGAGAUACCCAAAGAACUCUGCUCGCUGGUACCGUCAUUUCCUUGGAAAAUAAGCAAGAUGCAUAUUUAAUUAAUAAUAUCCUGGGCGCCGGCCUUUAAUUUAUAACGGCAAUUAAUAAAUAAGUUUGUCAGCCUCCAUUGUAAUUAAUUAAUUAUCGUGUUGUUGUGUUUGAGCUUCGUGUACGUGAACAAAAGAGAGCUCAAUGUGUUGCUAUAUAUGUGUACGCAUGGAGA